AUGGAUCCAAUUGCAUUUGCUGCUGCAUAUGGUUCAUUAAUGCAACAAAAUUUUAAUGUAUCAUUAGGAUUGCUUAUAUUGAAUAGUAUUGAUGGUGAUCAUCAUGGUCAAUCAUCACCAUCAUCAUCGAUUUCAUCGAGUAUUGGCUCAUCAUCACCAUCAUCGAUGAUGAAUGGAUUUUUUAAAAUCAAUCCAAUGGAUAAUGAUGAAAUCAAUGAAUCAUCGAAAAGACGACAAUCAUCAUCAAUGAAUAGUAAUAAUUCGAUUACAUCAUUAGAUAAUAAUAAUGAUGAUGAUGAUGAUGAUGACGAACCAAUUAUCGAUGUUGUUGAUCAAGAUGAAGAAAAACCAAUCAAUCUAUCAACAAAUAAUGAUGAUGACGAUUCCGCAGCAGAAUUAUUGAUUAAACAUUCAAACAAUAAUAAUAAUAAUAAUUUAUAUAAUCCAAUAUGCCAUCAAAACAGCAAUAUGAUGACACCACCAAAUUCACCACCAUUCUAUGCUAAUCCAUUUCUUUAUUCAGCUGUAGCUGCUGCUGUUGGUCAACAACAACAACAAACAAUUGCGGGAAAAAAUUUAAAAGAAAAUCAUCGUCAUCCGCAACAAGAUUGCAUUCAAUCAAAUCGAUCUCGUUCAUUAAUUCAUUCAAAUUUGGCUGAUAAUAAUAGUAAUAAUAAUGCUCAUCAUCAUCAUCCACAACCAUCAAAUCAGAUUGCAAAUACAUCAUCAGCUAUAGCAGCAUAUUUACAACCUGGAUAUUCAUCCGCUGCCGCCGCAUCAUUCAAUAAUGAACAACAAAAAACAUUAUUACGUUCAUUAUUUCCUUCCGGUGAUAUGUUUUCCUCCUUGAUUCCAACAUCAUCCGCAGAUGUCGCACGUAAUUCUUUAUUAUCAUCAUUAAAUUUGGUUGAUCAUAAUAAUCCACAUAAUCAUCAUCAUCAAUUGAUGGCUGCAGCAGCAGCUGCUGCUGCUCAUGCUUCGGCUUCUGCUUCCGUUGUAUCAUCGAAAUCGAAAUCAUCAUCAAAUCGUGGUGGUGGUGGUCAUAAUCAUCAUAAUCAUAGUGGCGUUCAUCAAAUAAUGGCAAACAAUAAUCAUAUUUUAAAUGGAACCAUGAUGACAUCUAACGGCCAGGAUCGAACAUUUGAAUAUACAAGGCCAUUUCCAUGCAUGUAUUGUGGAAAAAGAUUUCAUCAAAAAUCGGAUAUGAAAAAGCAUACCUAUAUUCAUACGGGUGAAAAACCACAUAAAUGUAAUGUAUGUGGAAAGGCAUUUUCCCAAUCAUCAAAUCUAAUCACUCAUGCUCGAAAACAUACCGGUUAUAAACCAUUUGUUUGUGAUCUAUGUCCACGUGCAUUUCAACGUAAAGUUGAUCUUCGUCGUCAUCGUGAUGCUCAACAUAUUUUACAACAAUCCAAUGGUAACAGUAAUUCAUCGAUUUCCAUUCGUCAAUCUCAUAAAAAUUCCAAUGGACAUUUAUUGCCACCACCACCACCACCACCAACAGCAACGACAACAUCCAUAAUACCACAAUCUUCUUCAUCCACUUCUCAAUUGAUGUUACCACAACAAUUACAACGAUUAUUACUGCCUCAAUGAAAAGAAUUUCCUCUUUCUUUUUUUUUGGCAAAAUUUUGCUGAAAAAAAAGCCGGUGCCAAAUAUUUAAAACAGAAAUAUAAUAAUCCGCGCAAAUUGAAAAAUAUUUUUUAGAUAGAU